GGUACGCUCGCGACCGUCUCGGCUCCGCUCCGUCCUCAGCCGCCGCCACCUCCGGGGCCCCAGCCUUGCGUCCGCCUCGGGCUGGGACAUUUAAGUGUUUACUGCUUGCCAGGACCAGGCUCAUUCUUUUGCUGUACCGUUGGGUGGGUUGGUCAUCUCUCCGUGGUGCUCACCUGGCUCUCUUGGGUUCCUCUGCUGCCCUGUAAAUGACGAGCUGUGCCCUCUGACGACGAAGCCCUUCCUCAAGAGGCAGCUACUUUAAAGUGAAAGGAAUGGCCCCUGUCUACCUGACAGCCCAGACCCAGCAGGGCUCUGUGACCUUCAGGGACGUGGCCGUGGACUUCACCCUGGAAGAGUGGGGGCACCUGGACCCCUUCCAGAAGGAGCUCUACCGGGACGUGAUGCUGGAGAACUUCAGGAACCUGGUGUGCCUGGGACUUACAGUGUCCAAACCUGAUGUAAUCCACCAGUUGGAGCAAGGAGAAGCCCCUUGGAUUCCAGAGGGAGAAAGCCCGAGAAACAGCUUUGCAGGCUGUGCUUCUGACUUCCUGGACUUCAACACCGUACCACAGCUCCAGUCUCUCCCUGAAAUCUCCCUCAGUGCCAAGCGCAUCCUCACUCUGGAAGAUCCGUCUACCCCUCUGAGCUUCUCACAAUGGAACAUGCCUUCACUGUGCCAGCCCCCUACUCUCAUUGAUUGGGAGACAAAUCAUGAAACCAAGGAGUCAGUUCAGGAGCUGGAUAUUUCAAUGGAAGAACCAUCUCAGGAAAAACUCACGAAGGAUGGUUCUUGUUUCUUGAAGUUACAAGAAGCUUGGGAUUGUGUUGGUAGUUUGAAGAGGAAGCAGAGCAAUGAGGUGAAACAUUCUCAGCAAGUGAAAAUUUCCCCUAAGAAGCAUUCUAAUAAAUUGAAAUGGCAUGACUAUAACUAUUGCAGAAAUUUCAACCUAGGACCGGUAGGUUUUCCACAACCAAAAGUAGGAAAGGGUCCCAGUAAUUGUUAUACACAAGGAAAGAGCUUCAGAGUGAAUUCAGACUUAAGAAUACGGAAUACAGUGUGUCCAAGUAAGAUAUUUUGUAAGUUCAAUGAAGGUGAAGAGAAACUUUGUGAAUAUAAUGAAUAUUGGAAGGCCUUUAGGAACAGAUCAGAACUUACUCAAUAUCAGGCAGUGCAUAUUGGAGAGAAAUCUUACAAAUGUAGUGAAUGUGAGAAGGCCUUCAGGUACAGAUCAGAGCUUUCUCAACAUCAGACUAUUCAUACUGGGGAAAAACCUUAUGAAUGUAAUGUGUGUGGGAAGGCAUUCCGCCUGAAAGCACAGCUGAAGCAACAUCAGAAGAUUCAUACUGGUGAAAGACCUUUUAAAUGUGAUGAGUGUGGAAAAGCCUUCAUUCAGAGCCAAAAUCUUAAGCAACAUUAUAGAAUUCACACUGGAGAGAAACCUUUUGAAUGUAAUGAAUGUGGAAAGGCCUUCACCCAGAGGAUAGGACUUAUUCAACAUCAGAGAAUACAUAGUGGUGAGAAACCUUAUGAAUGUAAUCAGUGUGGGAAAGCUUUCCGACUGAGAGGAAAACUCAGCCAACAUCAAACAAUUCAUACUGGUGAAAAACCUUUUAAGUGUGAGGAAUGUGGGAAGGCUUUCAUACAAAGCCAAAAUCUUAAACAGCAUUAUAGAACUCAUACUGGAGAGAAACCUUAUGAAUGUAAUCAAUGUGAGAAAACCUUCAGCCGCAGAAUAGGGCUUUAUCAACAUCAGAAAAUUCAUGGUAGUGAGGCAUGUUAUAAAUGUAAUGAAUGUGGAAAAACUUUCAGGUACUUGACAGAACUUACUUAUCAUCAAAAAAGUCAUGCUGAAAAGAAACCUUAUGAAUAUAAUGAAUGUGGACAGGCCUUCAGUGAGAGAAAACAAUUUAUUUCCCAUUUUCCAAUUCAUACUGGAGACAAGCCGUAUGAAUGUAAUGAAUGUGGAAAGGCCUUUGCCAAAAAGAAGGAGCUUAAUCGACAUUAUACAAUUCAUACUGGAGAGAAACCAUACGAAUGUAAUGAAUGUGGAAAGGCUUUCCGCCAAAGAAUGGGACUUACUCGACAUCAGACAAUUCAUACAGGUGAGAAACCUUAUGAAUGUAAUGAAUGUGGGAAGGCAUUCAGUCAGAAGAUAGGACUUAGUCGACAUCAGACAGUUCAUACUGGGGAGAAACCUUAUAAAUGUGGUGAAUGUGGGAAAGCCUUCCGCCUGAGUGCAUUGCUUACUGCUCAUAAGAAUAUUCAUACUGGGGAGAAACCUUAUGAAUGUAACGAAUGUGGGAAAGCUUUCCGACUGAGAGCAUUACUUACCACACAUAAGAAUAUUCAUACUGGUGAGAAACCUUAUGAAUGUAAUGAAUGUGGGAAAUUCUUUCGAUUAAGAGCACUGCUUACUGCACAUAAGAAUAUUCAUACUGGAGAGAAACCAUAUGAAUGUAAUGAAUGUGGGAAGGCCUUCCGUCAGAAGACAGGACUAACACAACAUCAGACAAUUCACACUGGAGAGAAACCCUAUGAAUGUAAUAGAUGUGGGAAAGCCUUCCGCCAGAGGAUAGGACUUACUCAACAUCAGACAAUUCAUACUGGUGAAAAGCCUUAUGGAUGUAAUGAAUGUGGGAAGGCCUUUCGCUUGAGAGCAGAGCUUACUCAACAUCAGACUAUUCAUACUGGGGAGAAACCUUAUGAAUGUAAUGAGUGUGGGAAGACAUUCCGCCAGAAGGCAGGACUUACUCAACAUCAGAGAAUUCAUACUGGAGAGAAACCAUAUAAAUGUAGUGAAUGUGGGAAAGCCUUUAGCAGGCGGGUAGCACUUACACAACAUCAGACAGUUCAUACUGGUGAAAAACCUUAUGAAUGUAAUGAAUGUGGGAAGGCCUUCAGCCAGAGGAUAGCCCUGUCCAAACAUCAGACAAUUCAUACCGGUGAGAAACCUUAUGAAUGCAGUGAAUGUUCAAAGUCCUUCCGCCUGAGAGCACAGCUUACUCAACAUCAGAGAAUUCAUGCUGGUGAGAAACUUUAUGGAUAUAAUGAUUGAGGAAUGGUGUAUUUCCAAAGUAAAUAACUUACUCAACUAUUUAUGCUGUAAGGGGAGGGGGGGGUGUCAACUGAAUCAAUCAGUCACCCUACUCUACCUCACCUUGCUUAAAAUAUUAACAACAUAAUUCUCCAGCCCUGAUACUUUCAUUAGUUGAGAACUUCUCUAUUGAAUCAAUCUGGCACUAAACUAGUUGCCAAAAGUCCUUAAUCAGUUUGGAAGGAAUGCAAUUCACUGGAUGAAAUGACAUGAUAUUAAAUGGGAAGUUUUUUGGAAAUGGCUAAAAAAUUCAGUCAUGAACGUGGAUAAAAGUCUUGGAUAGAAGAGCAAGCCAAAUUCUGAAUCUGGAUUUUUAGUUUUGGAACAUCUUAUUCAGGGAAGCCGCUUCAGCCAAAACCCUGAAAAUGACUUCAGAGUGGGAGGAGACACCCUCUAUUUCCUUUUUUCCUCCCCAUGAACUAGAAAAGGGCCUCAAGCACUUCCAAAAGGUCAGAAGAUUUGUGACUCUUCACCAGUGCCCUGACGAGAUCCCUGAAGCAGCAGUGACUGAGAGCAGCAUCUGCAUCAGGAGAUAGGACUGAACUAGACAUAUGGAAGAAGGACGUCUUGAGGGCUCUGCAAGGAGCCUAAGGGGAACUGCAUCAGGAUACCACAAAGAGUAGCAAACAGGAGCUGUAAGUGACUGCUUUGCCACAUGUGCUUUUUAAGCUCGAGCCCACCUUCCCCUGAACUCUGCUUUUGUGGGGGAGUGCUUUAUACCAACUGUUCUUACUUUGGUAAAUAGCCCUUUCUAAAAGCUAAUUUGUAUCCUCUGUUAAUCAGCAGUCAGGGAAGUAAACCAGUGGUGUCUCCCAACCCUUCAACAUUAUCCUUGUAGAAAAGUAGCCAGUGUCCCUUUUGGGACUCAGUCUGCCGGGUAAAAUGACAGGCGUUAUACCAUGAUCAUUAAAAGAAAAAGGGGUAUACAAUGAAUGUGGAAAGCUCUUUUUCGGGGCACAGAGCUUACGGAAAAUCAGAUAAUCCUAUUGGAGAGAAAUAUUAUGAGUAUAACAGAAGCAUUUCAGUCAGAAUUUUAUGGUCCUUUAUUGAAAAUUAGAGACUUGAAAUUUUAAAUGAAGAAAAUUUGUGUCUACUUUCACUCAGUGGCCCAUUCAAACAUUUCCCCCUCCCUGUCCCCUUUCACUUCCCACCAUUCAUUUGUAAUGCAAAUAUUACUUAAACAUUUGAGAAAACUGAAGCAAUAAGGCAGCUGUUCACUCUCUAACUGCCACUCAUAAAAAAUUCUGAGGCUUCUCAUCUUUCCAAUCACCAGAAUUGUUAACCUAACUCCUUAAAAAGAUCAUUUCUUUUUUUGUGCCUUUAUGCAGUCCUCUCCUUCCUACUCCAGCAGUCAUCCCCUAUCUUUAAUAUAGCAUCAGUCUAUUUCUCUUAGCAGGCUUUGUCACCUUCCUCUGUUCAUUAAAUACCAUCUUUCCACUUAAACAGAUUAACAGCCUCGGAAUCUUAUUCAGUGUCUCCUCUUCACCCCAUAUCUCAUCAAUUGCUGUGUCAUGUAGAUCUUCCCUCUCUCGUGUUGAUAUCCUCUCUACAUUCACAACAUUGCUAGCCUAGUACAGGACCUCAUCCUAUCUCCUAGACUAUUACAGCAGCCUCUUAGUUUGAGUUCUGUCUUCUCUACAAUUUAUCCUCCCCACAACUAUUACAAUUAACUUUCUGAAGAACAGAACUGAUCACAUUACUCUCUUUAAAACCUUCAGUGUUUUCUCCACAGCUUGGCAUUUGAAAUCUAAUCCCAACCUUUCCAGGCUAAUUUUACAUUUUCUCCUUCAUGCACUUCAGAGUCAAACUGAUCUUGUAGUACACUGAAUUUGACCUUAUAUCAUCUGCCUCUGUGCUUUUGCACAGUCUCAUCCCCAUGCCUUGAAUUUACUCCUCUUUUCUUUUUUCCAGUUGUUUCAUAUGCCACCCCUUAAGGCAAGAAGUUCCUAACCUUUUUGGUGAAAUGGAUCAGUUUAAAAGCAUUGAAGCUUAUGGAACCCUUCUUGAAAUUAUGUUUUUUAAAUGCACAAAAUAAAACACAUAAGAUCACCAAGGAAACUAAUUAUAUUGAAAUAAGAUGUAUUUUUCCCCACCAAAGUUCAUGGACCCCUUGAAAUCUAUAUAUGGUUGGCCCUAUAUUAAGAACCACUGAUCCAAAGGAAGCUUUUCCUGAAUUCCAUAUCUUCAAGUCUUCAUUUAUUUAUGUAUAUAAAUGUUGUACAGAAAGUAAGUUCCUUAGGGCUUUGAAUUCUGUCUUUAUGUUACCAGGACCUAGCCUAGUGUGUGGCUCAAAUAAGAUACUUAGUAAAUAUCUAGUGAAUUGUGUAGAUUCAUUGAAGUAUUGAAAUGUGGCUUCUCACCUUUUCCUUUGCACACUCCCCGUUUACCCUUCCUACACAUCCUGCCACCCCCACACCUUCCUAUUUUCACAUAUAUCCAAGGUUCCCAUUGUUACUGGCCCUGUCAGUGUGCUUGUAUAACUCCUCCAUCAGUAUUCAGCAGGACAUGAAUAAGAGUGAAGUCACACAAAAAAUCUCACUUCCAUUUGGCAAGUCAUGGAUAGUAAUCAAACAAGAGGGCAGACUGUUCACUGAGAACACUGGAAUUGAAAUCCAGGGUCAAGACUGUGAAGGUAGGAAAAUUAGAUGAUCAAUGAAAAAGCAGAAUGAUUGAAGGUCAUGAUGAGGAUAAAGAACAAAUCAGGUGGAGUGAGGCAAACAAAAGUAUGGACAUUUGACUUCACAGUUAUCACUGGAAAUUGAUGAAAGGAAACCAAUGACUAGAAUGUGGCUUCGCACUGGAUCCUUUACUUGAAAGAAACAGGUAAAAUGGUUGACUUUCUGGCUCUGUUAUGAAAAUGUAUGGAUGAGGAAUUCCAGGAACCAGAAGAGAGAAGCAUAGUGCAGAGCAUUCGGGUGAAGAACACUGACAAACUAAAGCUGCUGCACCAUUGAAGUCAACAUCUCCUGGACAGAAAGAGGAAACUGAUGGGGACUGAAAUUAUCCAGACAUGUGCUGGAACCCUCUCUGGCAAAGCAGUGUAAAUUAUAAUUUUGCAGUUUGCCUUAAUAAUAAUUUCAUCUUAUAAUAGAUGAAGGAAAUGGCAAACCCCUCCAGUGUCUUUGCCAAGAAGGAGCCAAAUGGGGUCACAAAGAGUUGGACAAGACUGAAAAAUAACUCAACAAUAGGUGGGGAAACUGGUGAGGGAAAAUACUGAUCAGGAUCUGAUUCUAACAGAAAGGCAACAGUUGCUUGAAUGGAUGUCAUGAGAACUUUGUGGCAAGGUCACUACUACUUGGAGUUUGUGAUAGAACAGUGGUGUCAAACUCAAAUAGAAAGGGGGAGGGCAUUAACUCAUACAUAAGGACCCCUGUAGGCCUCAUAUUGACUUCGAAUACCACAUGUUGAUAUUA